GAGCGCUGAGAUCUGAGACUCGAUAUUCUGACUCACAGUUUCUAUACUAACAUAUUCUUUGCAAAUUUGAAGUCCACAUACUAUGGGCUCGUUUUCGUCGCCCUAUUGGCACCAGUGUGCCGAGUGCUGCCAACUUGCCGGGUCGUACCGUGAACCGCUCUACAAUAUUGUCGUUAGAGUCAGCUCUACAACAUGCCAAGACUGCGCUAACGUCAUCCCACCUCCUUUCCCUUCCCCAAUUUGCUCGGGAGGCCCCCCUACCGCGUGUCAAUGCUUGGGUGGACAAGUGCGAGCUGCCUGGUGCUAUGGCUCACUUGUGCUUAAUGCAUACUAUACUGCCUUUUCGCAUGGCAGAAGCCUUCUGACCAUCCAAACUCAACCAGCUCCCGGCAUAGAAGAAGAUUCUCGUCAAAUUGGAAGAUGCUCUUGGUUCGGACGCGGUUUGGCAGUUUCUACCGAUGAGAUCAGUCGUCUUCAAAACUCCAUCUCCCAUCUAAAACACACGCAAGAAAGAACUCCAGGAAUAUGCAGACGACCCAGACAUCGCACAAGCAAUAAAAAAACCAGACAGCAUCGCAAGAUGAGUGAAUAUUCAUGCUCAAAUUGGCACUCACUCGGCGUGGAGAAUCGAAUGCCACUAGCGCUCAGUAUGACCUUCCUCCUGAACCGGAACCUGAAAGUAGAAAUGGUAGGCAUGCCAGUGGUCGAUUUGGGACUGGGGAUAAUGGACUCGAGCCGUUGGAUGCACCUCUCCCGGGAGAUAGCUCGGGUUUGGGGCCAUCAAAUUCGACUGGGGAGGAUGGAGAAGACAGUGGUGUGCAUUUUUAGUCCUUCAUCAUCCUUUAUCAUAAUUGCCGCAUUGUACAUCAUCUAAUCACUUUAUGCAUUGGUUAGGCAAGAUGUCACGAAUUGAUCCUUUCAGUGCCAGUGAGCUCUGGUUAAU